UGAAUGAAAUCUCAGAACAGAAAGAAAAAUGGUGGCUGAUGGUUUGUGAAACACUUAUGCUGAGGUGAUAGAAAUACAGAAUUAAAAUGUUUUAAGUGUUAUUAUUAGUUAAAAUUAUGGUAAAAUGUCGACUCCUGCAUCGGAACGAAAGUAUGGAGCUCAAAAGAUUCGCCUCACAAUUGUUUGUGCAAGGAAUUUGGCGAGGAGAGAUCUCUUUCGAAUGCCAGAUCCGUUUGCCAAAAUAUCAGUCAAUGGAAGUGCUCAGGUAUACACAACAAACGCUGUGAAAGCAACCCUGGAUCCAAAAUGGAAUACACACUAUGAUUUAUACCUCACGAAAGCAGAUGGAAUUACAAUCAGUGUAUGGAACCAGAGGAAAGUGCAGAAACGACAAGGAUCUGGGUUCCUGGGGUGUGUCCGCAUCCAGCCAUCAACGGUGCACAAGUUAAAGGACACUGGCUAUCAAUGCCUCGAACUGUGCGAAGACGGAUCCGGUGAGACAUGUGGCGUGCGAGGUCAAGUGAUAGUGUCCCUCAUGUCCCGAGACGGGACGCGGGGCGAGCCCGCCUCCGCCGCGGGCGAGGGCUCUCCGCUGGCGGUCGUGGGCCCGGCGGGAGAUGUCAGAGCCCCGAGGGAACCUGCGGCGCACAACACUCAGAAGCCAUUGCCGCAACAUUGGGAGGAGAGAUUCACGGCUAGUGGCAGAGCGUACUACGUGAACCACGCCCUUCGGCUGACGCAGUGGGAGCGGCCCUCGCCCGCGCCCGAGCAGCACUCCCCCGCCUCCCCCGCCGCCGGCUCACCCCUCACCCCCGCCACUCCCCUCACCUCUCCCCUCGCUUCGCCCGUCCCGCCCCUCGCCUCCCCGGCCACUUCGCCCACGUCGGACACCGAUGUUAACAAUGCGACCUCUAUAUCCAUGAGGCCCGAACCGCAGCCACAAACUGCGACGCGCCGACAAGCACCAGCGCCCGCGAGCUCCACGCCCACAUCCCCGUCUACACCUGCAGUACCCGUGGCCGCCGAUUUACCUCAGGGAUACGAAAUGCGCACAACAGCCCAGGGGCAAGUGUACUUCUACAACAGCGGCACGGGCUCGUCCACGUGGCACGACCCUCGCGUGCCGACACACCUGCGGCACUGCUCGGUGGCGGCGGGCCCGCUGCCGCCCGGCUGGGAGAUGCGGCACGCCCCGUCCGGCCGCCCCUACUUCGUAGACCACAACAACAAGACCACGCAGUUCACCGACCCGAGACUCGCGCUGUCCGCCAGACCGGUUAGUUACAUGCCUUCUACAACAGCGGCACGGGUUCGUCCACCUGGCACGACCCUCCCCUCGGCCUCGCCAGCCCCGCCGGGCGCGGCGCCGGGCUCGGGCGACGAGCUGCCGCGCUACAAGCGCGACCUGGCCGCCAAGGCGCGAGUGCUGCGCGCCGAGCUGCAGGCGCUGCAGCCGCAGACGGGACACUGCCGGAUAGAGGUUUCACGCACCCAAGUCCUCGAGGAGUCCUACCGAUUGGUAAUGAAGCUCCGAGGCAAGGAGCUUCGCAAGCGGCUGCUAGUAAAGUUCCGAGACGAAGAGGGCCUCGACUACGGCGGCGUAGCCCGAGAGUGGCUCCAUCUGUUGGGAGGGGAGCUGUUUAACCCACACUACGGGCUGUUCCAGUACGCGAAUGCUGGCGAUGACCGAUACGCAUUGCAGAUUAACGCUGAUUCUGGGGUGAAUCCCGAGCAUCUUUCCUACUUCCACUUCGCUGGCCGCAUCCUCGGCGUGGCUCUGUUCCACGGCCACCAGCUCGACGCGGCCUUCACGGCGCCCUUCUACAAGCAGCUGCUCGGCCGGCCCAUCACGCUCCGCGACAUCCGGGACGUGGACCCGGAGCUACAUCGCUCGCUGUCUUGGAUGCUAGAAAACAGCAUCGCAGGCGUCAUAGACACAACGUUCUCCGUGGAGUGUUCGUCGUUCGGCGCCGUCCGCAGCGUGGAGCUGCGGCCGGGCGGCGCCGCGGAGCCGGUCACGGACGCCAACAAGCGCGACUACGUGCGCCUGUACGUGGCGCACCGCUUCACGCGCGGCGCCGAGCGGCAGUGGCUGGCGCUGCAGCGCGGGCUGGCCGACGUGGUGCCGCCGCAGCUGCUGCGGCCGCUGUCGCCGCGCGACCUGCAGCCGCUGCUCGCCGGCCGCGCCGACCUCGACCCGGCCGACUGGCGCCGCCACACGCGGCUCAAGCACGUCACCGCCGACGCGCCGCUCGUCGGCUGGUUCUGGGAGGUGGUCGAGCAGUUCGACGCCGAGAUGCGCGCCCGGCUGCUCCAGUUCGUGACCGGCUCGAGGCGAGUGCCGCUCGCGGGCUUCCGCGCCCUGCAGGGCUCCACGGGCGCCGCGGCGCCGCGCCUCUUCACGCUGCACCUGGUGGCCGACGCGUCGCCGGACUCGCUGCCGAAGGCCCACACCUGCUUCAACCGCCUCGAUCUCCCGCCCUACCAUACGAAGGAGAAGCUUCACGAUAAGCUGAAGCAGGCCGUUCUGGAGACGGCCGGUUUCGCUGUCGAGUGACGGCGCUAACGAUAUUAUUAGGGGCUUGUAUAUAUCGCCG